AUGAGUUUCGUUCCUUUCAUAUCUUCUGGUGCUUCAAGCAGACUCCAUUAUGUUCUCGUCCGAAAGGUGGAAUCAGCGCUUUCUCCAGAAUCUGUCAAUGAUAUCAUCUCCGUGGAAAUGCGGUCGAUAGUUGAAAAGUUCACCGAAGCCAAAGUUUCUUUAAAAGUUUGCGAGGAAUAUCUGAAGAUAUUACUGUAUUGCAUUACCGUCUCAACUGUAUCACUGCCUGCUUUAGACAGUGUCCUACCGCACGCAGUAAACUUGGCAGAAGCCGGGAGCAGUAUCUCAGAAAAACGAAUGGGCUACCUUUUCUGUGCUGAGGUAAUGCCAACUGGUCAUGAACUCCAACUCAUGCUUGUCAAUACCUUGCGGAAGGAUUUGGCGUCACAGAACUUGGCCAAUAUAAGCCUUGCACUCAACUUCCUCAUUCAAUGUCCUUCCGAGGACGUCAUCCCUGCAAUUCAAUCUCGUCUCCGAGAUCUCCUGGUGCAUAACUCGCCUCAAAUUCGUCGUAGAGCCCUGUUGGCUGUCAAAGCGCUCUCUACAUUUGACUCCGACCUCUUGAGUGGAUCUCCGCACGAUAUAAUUAAAAGAAUCUGGGAUUCCGAUGAGAGCGUGUGCAACGCAGCAUUAGUUACUGCCUCAAAACUUUGUGAGGUAUAUACACCGAUACUAACAGAGGUGCGAGAUGCAGUGAAUGCGCUAUUUCGCGAGACUUGGGCCAAACAUCAUGAUACAAGACGAAGCGUGCUCAUUCGAUCGCUAGAUACACUCCGUACUAUGGGGCAUGUAGAAUUUGAUAUUCCGCUUUUGAGUAAAGUUAUCAGACGAGCUGCUCGCCAAAACGAUUUCGCUCUCAUACGCUCAGCAUUCCUAUAUUUAGCUCCUCUUCACGCUGAAUUACUUCCUGCCUCCUCAACUUCGGUCCCAGUGUCACCUGUCGCUUAUGUCCGCUCCUUGCUCACAUCACGCGAACCUAAUCAGCAAUAUCUCUUUCUAACAUGCUUAGAAUGCCUUGAUCCUCAGGCAUGGGCAGGCAUAACACCGGAGAUUCCUGCGGUCUUAGAGCAAUGGGAGGUCGAACAUAUAAUGAAGUUCUUAGACCAUCAUGAUUCUGUUUUACGAAAAAAGACCAUCGUUAUUUUAAACAGAGUGGAUCCAAAGAUUAUAUCUUCAUACUACGAGGCCGCACUGCAGAACAUUCUAAAUCGACUAGGCGACGAGAAAAUCAAACUUGCGCUUCCUUUAUUCGAAGUCCUAGAGGUACAGGCGGGUAUGGACGGAGAGCGUUAUGCGAGAGAUGUUCUAACUUUACUCUGCCAAAUCGAAGCUCCUUCAAAUACAGACGGUCACAUCUUCGAGGACGUUAUUGACAUAAUCUUGAGCUUUGUUCGCCAGUCUUCUAGUGAAUUCAUGAGGUCGACUUCUAAUUGCUUGCUGACCUCCUUGUUGGAUACGAAGGUCCAGUUAGGAUCCACAACAAUGGUGAUCAUGGCUGCCCUUGCUUGUGAGAAUAGUGGUCAACUAUCUGUAUCGUGGAUUAGGAUUUUGGAAGCGCUGUCCUUUCGCAUUGCAUUUUGUCCAAUCCCCGUGCAAGACGCAUGCCUGUUGUCUAUGCUAAGGAUAGCCUCCGAUUGUUCGGAGGUUUCUCCCCAAGUCCUCGCCGCUGUGUCAAAGUUGAAAGAAGUAUCCGGGAGGCACAUCAAAAGACGAUGUGAACAAUUCAUCCAGAUUUCUUCAGAUAAAAAAUUGCUCCACCAGAUUGUUCACACUGCUCGAUCAUCAACUCUUCCGGACUUCUUAGAGGAAUUACAAAACUAUCAAGCUAAGAAAAACCCUCAGAGUUCAGCCUCCUCAAGUCCUCGAAAUCCUCAGAGCCGUUCACGUGAAUCAGAACCACUAUCUGCCAGCAAGCUCCGCUAUUCAGCUUAUGAUGCACCUGUGCCUACGUUGCGACUUCAAGGACGGACAUCGUCCAACAGUAAUCAUGAUUCAGAGUCGUCCGCCCUUGGAUUUCCGCGCGGCUUUACUUCAACAGGACUAUCAAAUGGCGGAGAGUUGACACUGAUGGCUUCGACUACGGAAUUUGAAAGCGAGAUGUCCGCAACCAUAAACAGUGACGAACUACCCAAUACGAUCUCUAAGCCGGACGAUGCGACAACUCGCAACGAUCUAAUCGCGUUUGAUUCGCCCUUCGUUCCGGAUCCCUCAGAAUCUUCUCAGAUGAGCGGAUCGCUUGCAUCUCAAAUGAGUUUUGGCGAUGUUUGGGAAGGCUCUAAUGCAGAAGCUCGUGGAUGGUAUGGAAAGUCAAUCGACCAACUUCUGCGGCGAAUACAAAUCAUGGACCCUUCCAAUGUGGAUUUGUGCGUUAUCGACACAUCAUUGCCGCCAUUCUUAGGAGAAUUCAAAGUUAUGGUCAGAUUCAAAGCUCAUACAUCCAUGACAAUGAUGACAUCGUGUGCAGUUCUGCGGCUGAAGGAAAGCGAGGAAGAGAGUUGCUUAUGGAAGCUACGCGGGGACCUGCCUCUGUAUGCGAUGGUAAAGAACAUUCUGACGGAAGAUUGA